GCAUCCGCGACUAACCAAACUCUAACUCCAAGCCUUUGGUCUAUCUAUCCAGUUAAUUCCGUGUUGCGGAUUUGUAGUUGAAUACUCAAAGCUAAAAAACCUACUAAAAUGGAGAGUAAUGGAAGCCUAGAAGAAGUGGAAGAGUCACCACAGCCAUCAAAACACGUUCGUCAAGCCAGUGGGUCGAGUUUGGACAACGUGACGCUUCCCAUCCCAGUUGUGUCGCGGGCGCAGGUCGGACCAUCGGCUGACAACGCCUCCACGGAACCUGCGGCUGAUCGUCUUGAUCGUGAGCAAGAUGACGCAAAGUCAUCAGGUGGCAAGCCAGCACAGACAGAAGAUGUGCCACUCCUUCUGGGAGAGAGAGUUGAAGGAAUAGCGAAGGAUGUGACUUAUUUGUGCCCUUUCACCGGGCCUGUCAGGGGAACGCUUUGUAUCACCAACUACAAGUUGUAUUUUAAAGGGGUUGAGAGGGAGCCACCAUUCAUUCUUGAUGUUCCCCUGGGCAGCAUCUACCGAGUGGAGAAAGUUGGUGGCUCCACAAGUAGAGGGGAGAACUCAUACGGUCUGGAGAUAUUCUGCAAGGACAUGCGUAAUUUGAGAUUUGCCCAUAAACAGGAGAACCACUCCAGGCGACUUGUCUAUGACAAACUUCAGACCUACGCCUUCCCAGUAUCGAACAGAUUGCCAUUUUUUGCCUUUGAGUACAAAAAUUUCCACAGUGAAGAUGGCUGGGCUGUGUACGAUCCCAUGGCUGAGUUGAAAAGACAGGGUCUGCCCAAUGAGAGUUGGCGAAUCAGCAAAAUUAAUGAAGGCUACCAGUUCUGUGAUACCUACCCAGCAGUGAUUGCGGUACCAGCAGCAGCAGAUGAUGAGCUGCUCAGACAGGUGGCUGCUUUCAGAAGUAAAAACAGAAUCCCAAUUCUGUCGUGGAUCCACCCUCAGAGUCACGCCACCAUCACUCGCUGCAGCCAGCCCCUGGUGGGCGUCAGCGGGAGGCGGAGCAAGGAGGACGAGAAGUACAUCCAGAUGCUGCUGGAUGCCAACGCCCAGUCCCACAAGCUGGUCAUCAUGGACGCCAGGCCCAGUGUCAACGCCGUCGCUAACAAGGCCAAAGGAGGCGGGUACGAGAACGAAGAUACCUACCAGAAUGCUGAAGUCAUCUUCCUGGACAUUCACAACAUCCACGUCAUGAGAGAGAGUUUGCGAAAACUCAAGGAUAUCUGUUACCCAAGCAUAGAUGAUAGCCACUGGUUGUCCAACUUGGAAGCAACUCACUGGCUAGAACACAUCAAGAUGGUCCUAGCUGGGGCCGUGCGCAUCGCAGAUCGUAUCGAGAGCCAGAAGACCUCGGUAGUGGUCCACUGCAGCGACGGUUGGGACCGGACUUCCCAGCUGACCGCCUUGGCUCUCCUUAUGCUGGAUCCUUACUACCGGACCAUCAAGGGCUUUGAGGUGCUGAUUGAGAAAGAGUGGAUUGAAGUUGGCCACAAGUUUGCUCAGCGCCAUGGGCAUGGAGAUAAGAACCACGCUGAUGCGGAUCGUUCUCCCAUCUUCCAACAAUUCAUGGAUUGCGUGUGGCAGAUCACAGUACAAUUUCCCAAUGCAUUUGAGUUCAACGAGCAUUUUCUCAUCACCAUCCUGGACCACCUCUACAGCUGCCUGUUUGGCACCUUCCUCUACAACUGCAUGAAAGAUCGGGUCAAGGAGCAAGUGAAGACCAAGACUAUGUCACUGUGGUCUUACGUCAACAGCAGUAGAGAGGAAUUCACCAAUCCCAUGUACGCCGCCUACCACCACCAGCACGUGCUGUUCCCCGUGGCCAGCAUGAGGCGGAUCGAGCUGUGGACGGGCUAUUACAUCCGCUGGAACCCCAGAAUGAGACCCCAGGAGCCAAUCAACCAGAGGAAUCGUGACCUGAUUGAGCUGCGCUCAUUUCUGCAAAAGCAAGUAGAGGAACUCCAGAAGGAGAUCGAGGCCCGUGAUCUUGGGAUGCAGGCAGGGCAGGUGGGGACCUCCUCUCCUCCGAGGGUGGCCAGUCCCAUCAAUGCCUGAGACUUCAAACAGCUGCACUUACAACUGGUGUGAAUGGAGCCCUGGGGAUAUAAACAACUGAGUCCCGAGAUUCUUUGACUCGAAUUGAAUCCAGAUGAGUCCAGUUGAGUCUUGCUGAUGUCAGGAUUUUUUUUUUUUAGCAAAGUCGGUGAAACUCAGAUGCCAGAUGAGUGCAAAUGUUCUGGACCAAAUUCCAUGGAGCCUUGUGGCCGAGAAAAUUGCUUGGCAAAUUUUCUUGCUUAGCCAAAAUGUCCUGGGAACCAUUGGGAAGCCGUGUACAUCACGUGACAUUGUGGCUGGUAGCCAAUUAUUGCUAAGCAAAACUGUCUGUGCUAAGCAGGUAUGUGUGAUCAUUGGCUCCGUGAUAUUGGCCCUACACAGUGUACAGUAACUCUCCUCCCUUUGUACAUACUAAAAUUCUGUUUAAUAAUUUUUACCUUGCCUGUUUUUAUCAAAAAGGUGACGUCAGCAACAUAACUGUUAACGCGAUGUUCUACACUGCAUGCCCUGUAUUUAUUUUUGGAAAUAAGUUUGCUCCCAAGGCCAGAACCUAUGCCAAUUUUGCUGAGGUGUUGGGUCCAGAAAAUCUAAUGAGCAGUGAACAGAUAUUUAGCAUGUGAUUACAUGAAGUUUAGUAUUUGACAUGGUCUCUUUUAAAAUGAUUAAUACAAUGUUUCGGUGGAGCAGUUUUUUAAACCAAAUUAGAAAGGCCUGCUUUACAAGAGAUGUGUUACGGAAUUAAAAUGUGAGUGCAUGUAUAAUGCUGUUGGCUUCGUCCUCUUGGCAAGUAAUGUCCAGUGCACAGCUUUUUGUGGGGUUUUCUGGGGGUAACCUGUUACAGUAAAUAUUUUGUGCCAAAACUAUGCCAAUAUUUUGUUCCUGAUUGUGAUAAUGGAUUGUAUGGAUGGCCCAGUCUACAAUCCAAGUGUUCUUCACGAAGGGAAAUGUCUCACUUCUUGUUGGAAUCGUAAAUUUUUCUUUCCAGUGAGUGCGUUUGAAGCAUUUAUCACUAAUGUUGGCAUGUAAGCAGAGUUCACGGUAUUUUUUAUUUUUUUUCAUAAACAUGGUAAGCAUCUGCUUGUCCGAACCUUUGUAUCACCGGACACUUUUGCAAACCUCCCCUAUGAUAUAUAAAAUAGGUUUCUUGUUUUGUAUUUUACAUCUUUCAAAAUUUGUGCCUUCACUUUUUUCCUUGACUCAAGCUUAAGGGGCCGUAUUGGAUAGAGGCACAGUAAAAUCUGGUACCUUGAAUUCCAAACUUACUGGCAAACAGUUUAGUUAUGAACAAACCAGGGUUUAGCUGCUAAGAGGUUCGAAUAGUCUGUGAGUACAGAUACCCUGGAAGCCAUACCAUUGAAGAUGAUGAUCUGUAGUGUCCCCCUGUGUGUUUCAAAUGUUUGGCACCCUAAGCCUUUCAGGCUAAUAGAGCAUGCAUGACUUGUACCAGACUAUCUUACAUCUAUGUGCGGCAGUGCUAAUUUGAUAUCAUCCCGUGUUGUAUGAACAAAACAUGGUUUGUAUUGCACCGCCUAAUUUGCCCACAUGACAGUCAUUUUACUGUUGCAUGCUGAAUGCCAUCUUAUCAAGAAAAAUGACAGCCAAUUCGAUGAGGAUAGCUGUGAUGAGGAAGUGUUUUUUUUUGGGGGGGGUUUCUUUCAUCGCGCUUUGUUGAAGACACAGUGAUACUUACGCCCUUUCGACGGGAAACAUGAUCACAGCAGAAAAAAUGUUCCCGGCAAAAGGGCGUAAGAAACAUACUCUCUUCAUUUAGUAAAAACAGAUGUAUAAUUUAUUACAAAAUCAACCUGGGCUGUACAAAAAGCAACUUUUGAACAACUUAUUAAAGGACUGGGUAA